AUGGAGACGCUACAGAGAAUUCAACACAACAGGCAAGUGACGACCUUUAUUUUGAUGGUAUACUUGUCUCAGGCUAACCCUGCGCCUAUUCGUUAUUCUGUUCUGGAAGAAACAGAGAGCGGCUCCUUUAUAGCCCAUUUAACCAAGGACCUGGGCCUGGGAAUUGGGGAGCUGAACGCACGGUCGGCUCGGGUGGUUUGUGAUGAUGAUAAGCAGCGCUUGCUGCUGGAUCGUCAGACUGGAGAUUUGCUUUUGAGGGAGACACUAGACCGGGAAGACAUAUGUGGCUCCGAUGAACCCUGUGUGCUGCAUUUCCAAGUGUUCCUGGAAACUCCAGUGCAAUUUUUUGAAGGAGAAUUAUUAAUACAGGACAUAAAUGACCACUCCCCAGUAUUCCCGAAUAGGGAAAUGCUUUUGAAAAUACCGGAAAACAGCCAGCCAGGGACUGUAUUUCCGUUGAAAUUAGCUCAGGAUUUGGAUGUGGGUAGCAACGGUCUUCAAAAAUACACAAUCAACGCCAAUUCUCAUUUUCACGUUCUCACUCGAAAUCAUAGUGAUGGCAAGAAACAUCCAGAUUUGGUACAGGACAAAGUGCUGGAUCGAGAGGAGCAGUCAGAGUUCAGCUUAACCCUAACGGCGCUGGAUGGUGGGUCUCCACCUAGGUCCGGCACCAGCAUGGUGCGAAUCCUGAUCAUGGACGUCAAUGACAAUGCUCCCGAGUUUGUGCACACUCCAUAUGAGGUGCAGGUUCUGGAAAACAGCCCCCUAAACUCCCUAAUACUUACAGUUUUAGCUAGGGAUGUAGAUGCUGGAAACUUUGGGACUGUUUCCUAUAGCUUGUUCCAAGCCUCAGAGGAAAUUAAACGAACUUUUUCAAUAAAUGAAGUCACAGGAGAAAUCCGACUGACAAAGAAACUGGAUUUUGAACAAAUCAAAUCUUACCACGUGGAAAUUGAGGCUACAGAUGGAGGCGGCCUUUCUGGGAAAGGCACUGUAGUCAUAGAGGUGGUAGACGUGAACGACAACGCCCCUGAACUUACCAUAUCUUCACUCAUCAGCUCCAUCCCAGAAAAUGCCCCGGAGACCAUGGUCUCUAUCUUCCGAAUUCGAGAUAGAGACUCCGGAGACAACGGAAAGAUGAUUUGCUCUAUUCCAGACAAUCUGCCAUUUAUUUUAAGACCGACUUUCAAGAAUUUCUACACUCUGGUAACCGAUAGCUCUCUUGACAGAGAAAGUCAAGCCGAGUACAACAUCACCAUCACGGUCACUGACACUGGAACUCCCAGACUGAAAACCGAGCACAACAUAACCGUGCUGGUGUCCGACGUCAACGACAACGCCCCCGCCUUCACCCAGACCUCCUACACCCUGUGGGUCCGCGAGAACAACAGCCCCGCCCUGCACAUCGGCAGCGUCAGCGCCACAGACACAGACGCGGGCGCCAACGCCCAGGUCACCUACUCGCUGCUGCCGCCCCCCGACCCGCUCGUGCCCCUCGCCUCCCUCGUGUCCAUCAACCCCGACAACGGCCACCUCUUCGCCCUCACGUCCCUGGACUACGAGGCCCUGCGGGCCUUCGAGUUCCGCGUGGGCGCCACCGACCGCGGCUCGCCGGCGCUCAGCAGCCAGGCGCUGGUGCGCGUGCUCGUGGCGGACGCCAACGACAACGCGCCCUUCGUGCUCUACCCGCUGCAGAACGCCUCGGCGCCCUGCACCGAGCUGGUGCCCAGGGCGGCCGAGCCGGGCUACCUGGUGACCAAGGUGGUGGCGGUGGACGGCGACGCGGGCCAGAACGCCUGGCUGUCGUACCAGCUGCUCAAGGCCACGGAGCCCGGGCUGUUCGGCGUGUGGGCGCACAACGGCGAGGUGCGCACGGCGCGGCUGCUGAGCGAGCGCGACGCGCCCAAGCAGCGGCUGGUGGUGCUGGUCAAGGACAACGGCGAGCCGCCGCUGUCGGCCAGCGUCACGCUGCACGUGCUGCUGGUGGACGGCUUCUCGCAGCCCUACCUGCCGCCCCCGGAAGCGGAAGCGGCGGCCGCGGCGCCGGCCGACCCGCUCACCGUCUACCUGGUGGUGGCCUUGGCGUCGGUGUCGUCGCUCUUCCUCGUCUCGGUGCUGGUGUUCGUGGCGGUGCGGCUGUGCAGGAGGGGCGGGGCGGGCUCGGCGGGUCGCUGCCCGGUGCCCGAGGGCCACUUCCCGGGCCACCUGGUGGACGUCAGCGGCACGGGGACCCUGUCGCAGAGCUACCAGUACGAGGUGUGUCUGACGGGAGACCAUAGAACUGGUGAGUUCAAAUUCCUGAAGCCGAUAUUCCCUAACCUCUUGGUUCAGGACACUGAGAGAGAAAUCAAGGAAAGCCCCAACUGUAGAAAUAGCUUUGUAUUCAGUUAA